AUGGCCAUCAUGAACCGACUUCUCCAGCUCCUCUGCGUCUCUCUCAUUGCGUCAUCCACAGUCGCAGCCCCGGCUCCCGAGAGGCCAAAGCUCGAGCGUGGCACUGUUUCUCGGGUUGAAGUCCGCGAAUUCAUUGAACACAUCGACAGAGAUGCCGUCCAGAGCCUCGUUGAGAAGCUUCGCACCGCCCGUGCGGACCUCAAGGACCGUGACUUCGCUUUGUCGAACGGCCUUAGUUUCGUCAAGAGGCAGGAUGUCUCUCCUGGUGCAAGUGAUACAGUGACCGACGGGCCAACCUCGACUGAGACUGAAACAACCGAUCCUCCUAGCUCUACAACCGAGUCUGAUACCAAUACCGAUACCAGCUCCCAAACAGACACCGAGCCUACCUCGUCAGAGCCAGAGCCGACAUCGACAGAUACUCCCCCUACAACCACCUCAACCGACGAGCCAACGUCGUCCACUGAUGAGCCUACCUCGGGCCCAACUAGCACCUCUGAGCCUACCUCCACAGACACACCUACCUCACCCACCUCAUCCGACCCGACUUCUUCUACCUCCACCACUGAGCCAACCUCCACCGAAACAUCCAGCACGAUAGAGCCAACCUCUUCAGAGGAACCAACUACUACUACCGAGUCCACCAGCAGCAGCAGCAUUUCCACAUUCACCUCGACAGAUGCCAAUGGUGACCUCGUCACAGUCACCUCAACCGCCGUCGUGAACCCAACCCAGGGCCCUGACGACAACGGCACAGAAACAGGUCCCGAGCCAGGCCUACAGACAAAUGGCGCCUCCGCCUCCGGAUACGCCAGAGAGCUGUUCGUCAUGAUGGGCGGUGCCGCUGUCGCUGUUGCCGUGAUCUAA